UGUCAGCUUACAGCAGACGAUGCAUGUUGUGAUUGCAACAUCUGCUCCAGUCGUUUCCAGCAGCUUCUCGAACGUUGGGAUCCACGCGGACGAAUUUAAUUGGAAGUGUACAACAUUGAACACAAGAUGCUGUCACCAGUUUUUGGAAAAGGAACUAAAUUUUUAGCAUUUGGAAGGAUGUGCCCAAGGUGUUUGAGAGAAUCUUGGAAGAGUAUAUCUUUCAUGAGAUACUUCAGCAAUUCAUCAUCCAACAAGUUUUAUCCACCAAAAUCCAUUCACCAAAUACAAGUGGUCCAUGUUUCUUCAAAGACCAGACUCCUUACAUCUGGCAAGAUUUUCAUAAAAAAGUCAUAUCCUAAUUUUUCCUAUGGCAUAUUACCAAUGAGUCUGUCAACAGGCCUGACUCGUUCUUAUGUGACAAGUGCUGGCAUUCAAAAAGCUGUGACUGGCCUGGUUGCCAAGAGACCAGCUAGAAAAAAAGUAACUCCUUCUAAAGAAGCUAAGGAUGGCAAGAUGAUGGUGACAGCAUAUGCCAUGGCUGAAGAGUUGAACUUAAGUCAGCUGAGGAAAGCCCUAGAAGCUCAAGGAUUGUAUGUGAUACACGAACUCCCUGUCGAUGUGACAGGAGGCCUGUAUGCAAAGGCCAAGUACAAGGUGGAUGAAGAACUUAGAGAAAUGUUUUUCUUCAAGGAAGGAUCUGUGGUAUUUUGGAAUACUCCAGAAGUUGAGAGAAGUGAAGUGCUGAAGUUCCUCAUGAGGCACUGUGAGGCUCCGUAUGACCGGAGUAUCGUCAUGCAUGAAAUGGAGGACAUGCCGUUUAUCAUGACAAGUGAGGCAACAAACCUUGUUGGUGAGUUGAUCAACAUUCAGGAGAAGGAGGAAGAGGAGGGUCACCAGAUUCUGGAGAAGUACACCUUCUCCAAUGCCCUGUCUCAGGCUGUGAACCUGGGUGUGUGGGAGGCAACUCUGGAGAAGUUUGUGGACCUCAUAGAGCCAGUCACAGAGGACUUGAGAGAUGGGAAAAAGAUCCGCAUGUCACGACGUGAAGUUCUGCGAAGGACAGGAGAGCUGUUUUCUUUACGGCAUGUGAUAAAUCUGAGUUCUGACCUGCUGGAUACGCCAGACUUCUACUGGGACAGGGACAUGCUGGAAUCGUUGUACCAGAAGGCCUGCAACCACCUUAACAUCAGCAGAAGGACCAGGGUGAUGAAUGAGAGACUGAGCCACCUGUGUGAGCUGAUGGAGCUGUUGAGUACUCACCUGAAUGACACACACCACACACGGUUGGAGUGGAUGAUCAUCAUCCUCAUCCUGGUGGAGGUUGUGUUUGAGAUUGUGCACUACAUAGAGCGUUACCUGUCUGCUAAGGAACAGUAUGAACAGGACACCAUUGUACAAGAAAGUCAACCAUCUUCAUGAGCUGUGUCAUGUAUAUAUUGCCAGUUAUUAGCCAGAGGUUCAAACAUUACAGUGUUCAAGUCAGUUUUGCUCUGGUGCAGAUAUAAUUUUGAGCACAUGUCAUUUAGUGUAUUGCUUAUGUCAUCCAGUCCGCAUUUUGCAUGAUGGGAAUAUUAAUGUGAAGUGAGGUUCAAACCAUGUCACACUAAACAUGACUUCAUACCGGAAGAUUUCUUACUGUGACACAACUGUCAUGAUCAGUGCAUAUUUCUUAAGGGGAACUUAAACAGAUUAAGUGAAAAUGAAAAAGAAUUUUUUGGCUGUUGCAUGAGUGUUAUACUGAUUUAUUUAAAUGAAUUCAUGUAUUAACCUUGCUCUAAAUUCAAGAAUUGUGACAUAUUUUAUAACAUGAGUUUUUUCAAACAAAUUAGAAAAAUGUUGUGUAUGUAUUCCUGUACCUAAAAAAAAUAUACAAGCACAUUGAUAUGUAACAUGCAAUAAUGAUAUAUUUAUGUAAUGUAUUCGGUGUAUAUAACCCAUGUUUGAAGAUGGGCCUGUUUUUGUUAAUCUGUGACAACACCUUAAUCUUUUGGUCAGGAAAUUGUCAUAUUUUGUAAGGGUGACGUAGGGUUGCGGAGAUGGUGUUAUAUUAUAUAUUAUAUUGUGUAAUAUAUUUACAUUUUUCCAUGACCCACCCCUCCCAAGAA